CAUCGAUUUUAUAGUUGAAAAUCAAUCGAAAGCCCUCAUGACCAGCGCGGCGCCCAUGAACCCCAAGAAGAUGAAGGUGAGCGAGCUGCGUGCGGCGCUGGAGUCGCGCGGGCUGAGCUCCAACGGGCUCAAGACGGAGCUGAUCCAGCGCCUGGAGUUGGCACUGGACGAGGAGGAGUUCGGUAGCGAGGCGCAGGAGAUGGAGGAACUCAAGAUGCCAAGUCCUAAGAAACCUAAAAAGACCGAGCCAAAGAAGAAGGAGGUGCCCGCUGCCGAGCCCGAAGCGCCCAAAAAGUCAAAGUCUAAAAAUCCAUCCCCCGUAAAGAAGGUAGCGGCGCCAGUAGAGACCCUGGCUGCCCCCGUCGAGAAGGAGACAAAAAAAGAAGAUGAAGCGGCGGUGCCUGCUGCCGUUGCUGCUGUUGAGUCGACACCAGAAACGAAGCAGGAUGCAGAGAAAAAUACACCACAGAGCAUUAGCGGACCGGAGACGGACGCCCCCACCAAACUCGCGACAGAGGAGGAGAAGCGUGCCGCCCGUGCGGCCAAGUUUGGGACCCCGAUGAGUCUUGAUGACAAGAAGGCUCAGCGCGCGAAGCGUUUUAACCUCCCCAGCGCAGGUGUGCCCUCUGUUCGUGUAUGCUGAUGGAAAUGGCUACGACUAGACUGACCUUCGGACUUGUGGACUCAUGCAGUGGCGGAACAGGAGAAGGCAAAGCGACUUAAACGAGCAGAGCGAUUCCAUUUGGAGACGAAAGAUACGGUACGUUGCUGAAACGUUCGAUGUUGCCAUUACUGCUGCGUUGGUGGUACUGACCCUCGGUGGUCGUUGAUUCAUAUAGCUUGAGAAGAAGAAGGAUGCACGGGCCGAGCGCUUUGGUCUAAAUGCCGAAGAGAAGCGUCGUCUGGAGCGCGCCAAACGCUUCGGCCUCGAGACCAGCGAAGUGUUCGAGGAGAAGCGGCGAAAGCGUAUGGAGCGCUUCGCGACUGCUUCGAAGUGACGUGGGGCAACUCGACGGACCUGGCAUGCUUGUAGAACGCUCCGCCUUCGGGAGAACUCCAGUCAGAUGAGCUGACACCUAGUUCAAGUCUCCAGUUGCGAGCCGUCAGUGCAGCCUUUGUGAGCUAAAUGGCCAACAGCUAUAGUCUUCCUCGUACAAAAUGCAACAAACGAUGAUACAUCUACACAGAGAGAUCUCGGCGUGCAACCGUGUCCGCCAUGGUCGUCUACUUGCCUUCAUCGU